CGCAUUAGUUUCUCCCUGGAUGCCGAACGGGACUUUGAACUCUUACCUUAAUCACGCACAUGAGACCCUCUCGAUGAUGGAUAGGCUUCGGCUGCUUAAACAAAUCACCGAGGGGCUCCAGUAUCGUGAGUGACGGAUUGACUAUAAAGUGACUGAUAUAAUUAUGCUGUCUGCAGUCCACGAUCGCGACGUGAUACACGGUGACCUCACCAACAAUAAUGUUCUGGUUGCUGCCGAUGGAUCCCCUCGUCUUGCAGAUUUCGGUAUCUCCAAUAUCAUGCUCCUUGAUCUUCCGGAAGAUCAACCCAUACAAUGCGCAACGAAAUCCAGCGACAUAUACGCUCUCGGCGGUAUCAUGCUUCAGGUCCUAUAUGGGAAACAGCCUUACUGGUGGCUGAAGUUCAACCAAGGAGAGCCUAUCGACUCUUCCAUCGAGAUCCAACCUAAUCACCUGAAUUUCAUGCGGCGGUGCUGGUCAACGGCAAGGGAUGAUCGUCCGUCAGUAGCAGAGGCAAUAGAUUACCUUCAAGAAGCACUGUCGAAUGAUACUUCGUCUGUAUAAGGUCUUAGUUCUGACGCGAUCCUCUUUCUCGUCUUUAUGUUAACUCCGGUUGUCUCCUAUUACUA